AUGGCUACCAACGGUGCGACAAUUCGACAUGCAACACGUGAUGACGUAUCGACUAUUCUAUCACUGAUCCAGGAGCUCGCCGACUAUGAAAAGGCAACAUCCUCCGUUGAAGCUACAGAAGAUUUGCUCCUGGAAACGCUCUCCCACGUCGACCCCUCAGACCCCACCAAGUUCUCCCGAGGCUACGCCAAAACCCUCCUUCUCACCGAUCCUGAUGGAACCAUAGCCGGCAUGGCGCUCUACUUCUACAACUUCAGCACUUGGACUGGCGUGCCAGGCAUCUAUCUUGAGGAUCUCUUCGUCAAAGAGGCGUACCGCAAGAAGGGCUAUGGAAAAGCGCUACUGCAGGCCUUGGCCAGGGAGGUGUUGAAGGUGGGAGGCAAGAGGCUGGAAUGGAGUUGUUUGGACUGGAAUGAGCCGAGCUUGCAGUUCUACCAGAGUGAGAUUAUUGGCGCAAAGAAGAAGACGGCUUGGAUUGGGUUGAGGGUUGAGGGCGAGGCGUUGGGCAAGUUGGCGGGGGAGUAG